AUGGUUUUAUCAACGCCCAACUUCAACGUGUCACACUUAUUAGCUGUUGGCGGUAUUUCUCUCGCGACAGGCUGUUUCCUCGGGGCGAUGCUUACAUCUGCUUCGCUGCCGAAGCCUAAAGCGCGGGCCACGCGCGAUGCCGCGCACCCGUCAUUCUCCGACUCCUAUUCUUCCUCCGAUGAGGAAUACUCCGAUGAGGAGUCUGAAGAUGAGGUUGAGAUCAACUCCAAGUCGUUAAACGAAAUUCCGGGCGAGGUCCGUAUGGCGCUUGUGGUACGAACCGAUUUGCGGAUGGGUAAGGGCAAGGCUGCGGCCCAAUGCGCACAUGCCGCGGUUGGAUGUUACCGCAAAAUGACCAAUGUCAAUGCCGAAUCCGGUAACUUGGUACUCCUAAACCGCUGGUUGAAGGCGGGGCAGGCCAAAAUCACCUUGCAGUGUCCGCAUGAGGACGAGAUGGAGUUGUUGUUUGCCAAAGCUAUGAGCUUGAACGUAAAUGCCACCAUCAUCCACGACGCCGGCAGAACCCAGAUCGCCGCGGGUAGCGCCACCGUAUUGGGGUUGGGGCCAGCCCCGAGAUCCGUCUUGGACGAGAUCACCGGCGGCUUGAAGUUGUACUAG